CAUGGCCCGCCGGCGCCUCCUCGCCCUGGCGGCGGCCGCGCUGGGCGCCGCCGCGGCCCCGCCGGGCGCGGCGUCGUGCCCGGAGGCGGAGGCGGAGGGCCAGCAGGAGAGCGCGAGCACGCGGCCAUGCGGGUGCAGGCGCUGCAGACGGGCUCAGCGCUGGGCGGCGCGCGCGGGGAGACGAGGACGACGGAGGUGGCGCGGGAGGCGAAGCAGCCCGAGGGGCCGUACACCGCCGCCGACGCGGAGGCGUUCGUGGGCGGCUACACGGUGUCGGGGCACUCGAUCGCCAGCAGCGCCGUGGGCGGGGCGGUGGUCCCCAGGGUGGAGGCCUUCUCGGUGGCGCAGGAGUGCAUGUGCUCCUGCCAGGUCACCUCGCACGCGCUGGCCUGCCUCGGCGCGAACGACGGGAACGCGUUCUCGGCGCUUGGCUUCAAGGAGGACGGCCAGUGGGUAAUGGAGCAGUACUCCAUCAAUGGCAGCGUCAACGGCUUCCAGUACCACGCCACCAUGCGCUUCGAUGCCGGCGGUCCGCCUGGCGGGGCGCGCCACGUGACAGGCCACACGCUCGCGAGCCCUGGCGAGGCGUCCGUGGUGACGCAGUUUCGCGCCGAGCACUCGGCGACCGGCUGCUUCCAGGCAGGCGCCGAGCUCUGGCUUCCACCCUCCUCGAGAGCCGCGGGGGGUGGCUGUCCCACGGUGCUGGCCCCCGUCUGGCCUCUUGACGCCUCCGGGGGCCUCUGGAGGCCUCCCCAGACAUCCGAGGCCUUGCUUCUGUUUGGGUGCGGGGGGCCCGGGGUGUCCCGACCCCUCCCCCAGGGCAGGCUUUUCCUCCCGAGUCGUUUCUCAACGGUCCUGAGGCCUGGCGAGGGCCCCCCAGAGACCGAAAUCGCUAAAAAGCUUGAGCAAUGAACUUUCCAUCAAUUCUUGAAGGUCUAGGUCUGGAGUCCGACGGGGACCCUCCGGAUCAGGAUCAGGGGCGACAUUUCACAACAUUGGCAGCCGGCGGUGAGCUGUCAGCUUGGCUACCGUCAGGAACCUCGUAGAGCCCUCUGACGUGUAUUACGCACCAGAAACAACCCAGAUGCCACAGGAAGUUUCUGAGACUGUUCUCAAUUUCUGUUUUGAGAAGAAGAUGUAUCAGGAUCCAAGGUGACACUUUUUUAAAGCCUAGCACCUCGUCCAGGGCGUGGGCGCCGCGUCCUGCCCCGGCCUGUGCGCCAGCUACGGGCUGGACGCGUCGCAGCUGGUGGCACGCUGCGGCCUCUGAGGGCUCCUCCCCCUCCUCUUCCUCUUCCUCCGCCUCCUCCUCCUCCUCCUCCUCUUCCUCCGCGCCCGCAACCCGCAGCUUCUCGCCCAUGCGCGCCUCUGGCAGCGCCCUGCGGGACCUGGGGGAGGUUCCUUCCCUCUCAGGUGCGGCCUCCCAUGCCCCGAUCCCCCCCCUCCUCAACACAAAAACUCGCUGGCGUUUUCCCGCCCGUGCGGCCCGGGGCCUGCAGCGCUCGACGGCGGCCGGCACAGCGGGCCGCGCGGCGCGCGGCCCUCCCCGGCGCUUCGGCUCCGCCGCGCGCCCUGUGGCGGAGAGAAGAAG